AUGAAUAUUUCUUUCAGCGAAUUUGAAGAAGCAGAAUUCAAAGAUUUAUAUGAGAAUUUUUCAGAAACAGCUCAAUAAUUAACUUCAGCACCAGAUGAAAUUAUGUUUAUUGAUGAUUUAGUGUUAGGAGUGCAUAUAACAUAUGAUGAUGUACUAAAAUUAAACAAUGAUGGAAAAAUGAAUUUUAAAAGCAUGAUCUACUUUAUCAAUUACCUAUAGAAGCGUUCUAAAACAGUAUAUCAAUAUUACUUAGCAUAUUAAAAAUAAAUGCUUGAUCUUGUGGAUAAAUUAAAUCCUUUGUUAAGAAAGAAUUAACAAAAAGGUGAUCCAAUAGGUUAUAUUCUUAUAUUUUUUUGGAAUGAUAGAUGGGUGAGUGGAAUUUAUAAUCUAAAAACAACGGUUUUAGAUAUAGUGGAUUUAUAGAAAAAUAAGACAAAGGAUGAUUUAAAAAAAUCAUAUGAACAGUUACUAAAAAAAACAGGAUUGGCAAAAGUACCAUUCAAAACUGUGAAUUAUAUAUAUUAGGAAGAUAAAGCAACAGAUGGAGGAAUGUAUGUAAUAAAUUAUCUGUAUUAAACAAUUGUAAAAGGCCAAGCAUAUGUAAAAUUAUAGCCAAAUGAUAAAGCAAAAUUGAAAAAUCAAUUGUUAUGGUUGUUUUUUAGAGGAGAAAAAUCAUAGCAUAUUGAUUAUCCUCCUUUGCCAUCUCUAGCAUAAUGGAAUGAAAAUGAAGUUAAAUAAUAUUAGAAGUCUAAUUUAGAACCAUUUUUAACAGGCUAUUGGACAGGAAUAGAAGUAUAAUCAGAUGAUUUUGAAUAAUUAUAAAAAAAUGGGAAAUCAAAACCUCAUAUGAUGGCAUUUUGGUUAUCAUAUUUAUAUUAUUUUGAUUUAUAGAGUAAAAAUCCUUUAAUUCCAUUUUUUGUAGUAGCAAAUGGAGAGGAAAUAUGUGAAGAAUUUGAAGUAAUAUUUAAACCAAGGAGAAGAUAAGGUACCGAAAAUCAUAGAUUAAUAAUCUUGUAAUAUUUAAAAAGUGCUAGAUGGGUAUUUGCUAUAUAUCACAUGAUUUAAAAGUCUUUAGAUAUUGUAGAUUUAUAACAUAAGAAUAUUACUAAAGAUGAAUUGAAAAAUUCAUUUGAUAAAUUAAUAUCUUCUCUAGUUACAUAUAGUAAUCCAACUCCUAAUUAUAUAUUGCAAAGUUAUACAGAUGGUUCAGAUGGCACAGAAUAUGUUAUAAAUUGGCUUUGGUAAUAUAUUUAAGGCACUGUCCUUCCUGAUAAAAUUAAAUUUGGUUUUUCAGAAAAAAGAUAAUUAAGACCUAAAUUAGUAUGGGCUUUAAUUAAAUUAUAAUCAACUGUUAUUUCAAGUUAAAAAUCAAUAUAAAUAUCUUCAAAAAAGAAAAUAACAAUUUAACAAACUCCUUAAACUCCUCAAACACAACCUCAAUAAAAUGAAACUUAAAAUACUCCAUCUUAAGCUGGAGGAGGUAGAUUUGGUCGAUUUAGAAAUAAUACUAAUACUAAUAAUGAAACACCAUUAUAAACACCACAAUAAAAAUCAAGUAGAAAUUUAGAAGAAUAAACACCUUAAUAAAAAAAAACUUUUGUCAGUUCAUUUAGAAAUAGAUAAUAAACAGCUACAUAAUAAUCGCCUAUGAAUUCUCCAUCAAAAUCAGUUGCUUCUGAUUAAAAGUCUGAAUAGUAAGAACCAGUUUCAAAAAAAUCAUCCUUAUUUAGUAAAAGCAAACCUUAAUCUGAUUAAUCACCUAAAUCUUAAACAAGUGAAACAUCAAUUUAAUUAGCUAAACCAGCUACAAGAACUUUUACAGGAAAAAAAACUGUACUUUAAUCUGGAACAAAAAUAGGUACAAAUAAAAAUAGUUCUACUCUUCAUAAUUAGGAACCAAUAAUUGAAACAUAAAGAAGCGAAGAAUAUGAUGAAGAAGAAUUUUCAGAUUUAUUUAAUAAAAAGAAAAAGUCUAUAGAUAAUCCAUAAACAUAUGUUGAGAAUUAAGAUAGAUUAGCAAGAAUUCAAGAAGAAUUGACUGAAUAUUAUCAUGAAUUAAUUAAUGAUGAAGUUGAUAAAGAUUUAGAAAUUUAAAAAUUACAAGAAGUUUUUAGAAUUAAUGGAAAAAUAAAAUAAUUUUUAGACUAAAGAAAAAAAAUGACUAUUGAUGAAGUAUUAGCUACUGUACAAAAUAAAAGUAACAUAAAUCAAAGUGUUGUUUAUAAUUCUAAUCUAUAAAAUUAUAGUACUGUUUUACAUGAUGAUUAAUCAAUUUUAAGAAUGAUAAAUGAAAUGAUUUAAGGAGAAGAGAAUGAAGAAUCUCUUUAAAAUACUCUUUUAAAAAGAUAAGAUUAUUUAUUAAAAUAAAUGGAUCAAAUGGACAUAAGUACUCCAAAUGUUGAUUAUGAAUUUCCAAAAACAAAAGAAGAAAAUUCUUCAAAAAAUUAAUCAACUAUUUUACCAACCAUAAGAAGAAAUACUUCAGAAUUAUUUCAAAAAAGUAAUACAGCUGCAAAAAGAUAUGGAAUGAAAAUUGAAGUUCCUAUGAUGUAAUAAUUUUAUAAGGAUGGUAAAGUUAAUAAUUUGGUAUUUAAUUUUUUAUUAAAAUUUUUUGAAGAAAAAUUAAAACAUUAACGUAAAAACAACGUUUUAAAUCAUUAUAAUACUAAUAUUAAGUUAUUUCCUACUCAAUUUUAUCAAACAUUAUGUUUUAAUUUAAUCCAUUCUACUUUUCGAAUAAAUUAUUUUGAAGCUAAUUAAUUUACUUUUGAAAAUACAGGAUAAGAUGAAACUAUUUUUGAUGUUUUUGAUUGGUUAGUUGUUCCAAUUGUAGAAUAUCCUACUGAAUAUUCAGUUGUUUUUGUAAAUCUAAAGAGAAAGACAUGUUAUUGCUAUUUGCUAUCUUCACUUUCAUUAAGAAUUAAGGAUCCAUAAUAUAUAAAUCCAGAGAAGAAUCCUUAUAUGAAAAAUGUCAUUGCUUUUUUAUCAUAUGAAUUUGAAAUCAAAUUGAAGAAACCUAGAGAAGAAUUAGGGAGAUUUAGUUAUUAAUUUGGAGUUGUUAAUGAUACUUAAAAUAUUGGUUACAGUUUGAAUUAUGAUCACAGUGGAUUAUAUGCAUUAUAUAUCAUACUUCAUUUAGUCAAGCAUGGUCAUAAUUAAGAAAUUGUUGUUGAUUAAUACUAAAUUUUAACUUUAAAAAAGGCUUUCCAUGAUUUAAUUGUUAAAAUUGGAUAUAAUGAAGAUGAUAAUUUAUUUCAUCUUUUAGAAGAAAAUUAAUUUCCAUUUUGA